UCAGAACGCAGUGCGCUUAAUUUAGGCUUUGUUGUUUUGAAGCUAUCAGCUAGGUGCGCGCAAGAAGUGUGAACCGCGUUGGACCAAGUCUGUUCUAGGAACGAGCGGAGGAAAAGUGUCAGUAUCAGCCAAUCAGUAUCCAGCAGGUGGUGGUCAACCCAGCACCUAGGUGCCUGAGGCUUGCCAAAUUGACCAGAGCAUCAAGCUUAAAUAAGGCCAAGUGUUCCAAUACUCAUUGUUAGAUCACAGUAAUUUCCUAUUUACCCUUCAUUACUGGAACCUUGAAAGCCUGCCCUGACAUGCCAAGGACUAGCGCGAUGAGCAAGCAGGCGGAGAGCUGCAGCAUGCCCAAGGAGAAGUGGGCUGGCCGGCUGGAGCGUGUGCACGUCAGCAGGUCGGACAUGAAUCGGCUCAUCAUGAACUACCUGGUGACCGAGGGAUUCAAGGAAGCUGCCGAGAAGUUUUCUCUGGAAUCGGGGGUGGCCUCUGAGGUGGACCUGGCGUCUCUCGAUGAUCGCAUCAGGAUCCGGGACGCUAUCCGCGAAGGACGCAUCUCGGACGCCACGGACGUGGUCAACAAGCUGCACCCGGAGCUGCUGGACAGCGACCGCUACCUCUACUUCCACCUGCAGCAGCAGCAUCUGAUCGAGCUGAUCCGCGACGGCCGCGUGGAGGAGGCGCUAAGCUUCGCUCAGCAGAGCCUGGCCGAGCGGGGCGAGGAGAACACUGAGGUGCUGACAGAGCUGGAGCGCACGCUGGCUCUGCUCGCUUUUGAGGACCCGGCCAACUGUCCCUUCGGCGACCUGCUGAACGCCUCGCACCGGCAGAAGGUGGCGAGUGAGCUGAACGCGGCGAUCCUGCGCCAGGAGAGCUCCGCUGACCCGACCACCCGCCUGGAGACGCUGCUCAAGCUGCUGCUCUGGGCGCAGAUGCAGCUGGACCAGAAGAAGAUGCGCUUUCCGCGCAUGACCGACCUCGCCAGCGGCACGCUGGACGACUGAGCGUCGGUCACCAGCGUCAGCUGUGGCGACGGCCGGCGGACCGCGGGCGACCCCGAGCCUGGCGCGGGCGGUGGCGGGCGGGCCGGCUCGGUGGCUGUGUCCGAGCUGUCGACGCUACGGGGCGGGAGCGCCGACGGCUGCCGCGAGCAGGCCCGGGCCGCGCUGCUUACUGUCGCCUCCGGCGGCCUUCUGCUCGGUCGCGCUGGGGCGAGGAGCCACCGUCACAUUAGCGUUGUGGGGGUCCGGACGGUGGCGGCGGCCGAUACAGGCCACGGUACACGUUGCUGGUAACCUGUGGACGCCGCCAACUGCCGUUGGAGACGACCUCGAGGCCACGGGCACCAGUGGACGCCUCUGGCUGGAGGAGAGCAGCAGCGGGGGCCCCGUCCGGCCGGGCAGGCGGCGUGCUUUAUCUGUCCGGACGGCGGUGUGACUGUCCCGCGAAGGUCCUGCCGUGGCGCACAUUGAGGACGCAUUGUGACAGAGAAGUGGAAACAGCAGCAGCGCAUGGCCACUGAUAGCUUUAUAUCGUGUACAUAAAUGAUGUAAAUAGUGCACUGGUGAAGAAAAUAAAUAUUAUAUUUA